UGAACUUCACUCUUUCAGUUCUGUACCAGGAUAGGAGAAGAAAUCAGGAAAAGUAUCAUCAAGGCUGGAAAGUAGCAUGAAGUCCUGAAUUACUCCGGAUAUAUCUCUCGGCAAAUAAGAACAGGGGACAACAUGUUGCGGUGGUAUCAAGCUAAGCUGGCCAAACGGCCAUUGUUGACACAAGCUGUCACCACUGCUGUACUUUUCGGCGCCGGCGAUACUCUGGCCCAGCAAGCUGUGGAGAGGAAAGGAUUCCGCAACCACGAUGUGACACGAACAGGUCGCAUGGUACUCUACGGAGGGUGUAUAUUUGGACCAGCAGCCACGAAGUGGUACCAGAUUUUGCAGAAGCGCAUCAACUUUCAGUCGCAUAACCUUACCAUCGCUGCUAGGGUGGCGGCAGAUCAGCUGAUCUUCUCGACCUGCAAUCUUGCAUUGUUUCUAUCGAGCAUGUCGUUCCUCGAAGGCAGCGACCCGAAAAAGAAGCUCGAGAAGAAUUAUUGGCCCGGGUUGAAGGCCAACUGGGCUUUGUGGCCUGCGGUUCAGGCAGUCAACUUCAAGUUGGUUCCAUUGGAGCAUCGAGUUUUGGUUGUCAACAUAGUCAGUCUGGGUUGGAACUGUUUCCUGAGUUGGCUGAAUAGCUCGAAAUGAGCUGGCUAUGUAGAUGGGCCCGGAACAACCUCAAGUGUGUGUGGUAUAGACUUUGUGUUUUGAAGUUGAUUAUAUAAUAGACAGCCGUUUAGUGAACAUUGAAAGUCGGUAAUAAAACCUUUGGAGGUAUACCAAAUGAACAAUA